UUUCGACAAUAUUGUAUAAAUAUUUUUCGUCGUUGAUGGUGAUAAUUAUGAUUUAAGUCUAGCAAAAGUAUCCCCCAAAAAACAAAAACAAAUUUAAUUACGAAUUUUCUGUUUAUAGAUACCCAUCGACGGGCUACAUACCCAUCUACAGUUAUCAGAUAAUUAAUCGAGGGUACCGAGGGUGACCCAGAAACACUUUCACUUUUCAACAGAACUUGCGGACCCGUCUCGUGCAAAAUGGAUUACAGCUGCUGCCGCUACAGUAACAUUUACGGCUUGCCUCGAAUAGUUGUCCUCAGAACAUUUUUCUUUACACCAUGGUCCACAAAUAUGACACCGAGAGGGCAGUGGGUCUGCUGAGACAGUACCAGGACAGUCUGACCAGUCCAGAGGAACAGGCCCUGAAGGCCAGUGUGAGGAAGGUCUCCACCAUCUUCGGCAGCCAACUCUUUCAUGCACUAUUAGAUAUCCAAGAAUGUUACAAGGUGACCCUGCAACUGAACACAACACAGAACGGUGUGAAGAAGGCCAGUGCUGAGGAUGCGGAGGAGAACUCUGGGGAGGAGGGAGUGUCGCAGGUACGAGUGACCACAAGGAGGAGCCCUCAGAAGGUGGAGCGUGUGUCGGUGCUGGUGAGCUGCUCUCACAUCGAGACACCAAAGGCGAACCCUCCCCCCGUCAUCGUCAACGCAGACUCACUGGAUGCAGGCCCUUAUGUAAAUGGCAGUGAUGGGAUGUUUAAAUAUGAAGAGAUCAUCUUGGAGAGGGGUAACUCUGGCCUGGGCUUCAGCAUCGCUGGGGGGAUGGACAAUCCACACAUCCCAGAUGACCCAGGGAUCUUCAUCACCAAGAUCAUCCCUGGAGGAGCUGCAGCUAUGGAUGGCAGGCUGGGGGUGAAUGACUGUGUGCUGCGUGUGAAUGAGGUAGAUGUGUCUGAGGUGGUUCACAGUCGGGCGGUAGAGGCCCUGAAAGAGGCUGGCCCUGUGGUCAGGCUGCUAGUCAGGAGAAGACAGGCCCCUCCUGAGACCAUCCUGGAGAUCAACCUGCUUAAGGGGCCCAAAGGCCUUGGCUUCAGCAUUGCUGGGGGGAUCGGCAACCAGCACAUCCCUGGAGACAACAGCAUCUACAUCACAAAGAUCAUCGAGGGCGGGGCCGCACAGAAAGACGGACGGCUGCAGACUGGAGACCGCCUGCUAGCUGUGAACAAUAUCAUCCUGCAGGACGUGCGUCACGAGGAGGCGGUUGCGGCGCUGAAGAACACCUCUGACAUGGUCUACCUCAAGGUGGCCAAGCCCGGACCCGUACACCUCAACGACAUGUACGCCCCGCCGGACUACUCCAGCAGUCUGGCCCUCCCUGCCCUCCCUCCAGCCUUCCCCACCAUGGUGGAUAACCACAUCAGCCACAACUCAGGCAUGGCCUACAUGGGAGCUAUGGAGCCCAAGCCCGUCUACAGCCAGCCCCCCCAGGUCACGCCCUCCAGGUACUCUCCAGACCCACGUCACAUGCUGGGGGAGGAAGACUUCACCAGUCCCGCCCUGCGCCCUGACGCUGUCGCUCUGUUUGGCAGGGAGCCGCGGAAGGUGCUGCUUCACAAGGGCUCCACGGGGCUGGGCUUCAACAUCGUGGGCGGCGAGGAUGGAGAGGGCAUCUUUGUCUCAUUCAUCCUGGCUGGAGGACCAGCAGACCUGAGCGGGGAGCUGAGGAGGGGAGACCGCAUCCUCUCGGUGAACGGGGUGAACCUGCGGAACGCCACACAUGAGCAGGCAGCUGCGGCGCUGAAGCGGGCCGGCCAGACAGUCACCAUCAUUGCCCAGUACCGACCAGAAGAGUACAGCCGCUUUGAGUCGAAGAUCCAUGACCUGAGGGAACAGAUGAUGAACAGUAGCAUGAGCUCUGGUUCGGGCUCCCUGCGCACCAGCGAGAAACGCUCCCUUUACGUCAGAGCCCUUUUUGACUAUGACCGGGCCAGAGACAGCUGUCUGCCCAGCCAGGGCCUGAGCUUCUCCUAUGGGGACAUCCUGCAUGUCAUCAACGCCUCCGAUGACGAGUGGUGGCAGGCGCGUCUGGUCACGCCUCACGGAGAGAGCGAGCAGAUCGGGGUCAUUCCAAGCAAGAAGAGGGUGGAGAAGAAGGAGCGAGCGAGGUUAAAAACAGUCAAGUUCCACGCCAGGACGGGCAUGAUUGAUUCCAACAGGCCAGUCAAAGUAAAGCGCAAAAAAAGCUUCAACCUCUCACGCAAGUUCCAGUUUUACAAGAGCAAGGAGAAUAUUGUGCAGGAGUUGGUGGAGUCUGAACAAUGCCUGACGUCAAACACGAGCGACAGUGAAAGCAGCUCAAAGGGUCAGGAAGACACAAUUCUCUCAUACGAGCCAGUGAUUCGACAGGAGAUUCAUUACACAAGGCCUGUGAUCAUCUUGGGCCCAAUGAAAGACAGAGUAAACGAUGACCUGAUCUCAGAGUUCCCUCACAAGUUUGGUUCCUGCGUUCCUCACACGACACGUCCGCGGCGGGAGAACGAGAUGGACGGCCAGGACUACCAUUUUGUGGGCUCACGGGAGCAGAUGGAGAAGGACAUUCAGGAUAAUAAGUUCAUUGAGGCAGGCCAGUUCAACGAGAACCUCUAUGGGACCAGCAUCUUGUCUGUCAGAGCAGUGGCUGAGAGGGGAAAACACUGUAUCCUGGACGUGUCUGGAAACGCUAUAAAGCGACUGCAACAAGCACAACUUUAUUCGAUCGCAAUUUUCAUCAAACCAAAAUCCAUUGAAACUCUUAUGGAGAUGAAUAAGAGACAGACAUUUGAGCAAUCCAAUAAAAUCUUUGAUAAGGCAAUUAAACUGGAACAAGAGUUUGGAGAAUUUUUCACAGCCAUUGUACAGGGUGACUCUCUAGAGGAAAUUUACAACAAAAUCAAGAUGAUCAUCGAGGAACAGUCGGGCCCCUACAUCUGGAUACCUUCCUCAGAGAAGCUCUGAGCUCCCAGCUAUACCCCUCUGUGUCAGUGCAGCCCACCACACCCCUCCUGACACCCCGCCCAUCCCCCAAAUAGCUCCUCCCUCUCCCUUUUUUGCCGAUAUGUUUCAUAUCAAGUUUUAGUGUCAUCAUUAUGUUAAUCUCAAAUGAAAAGUCUUAUCACCAUUACUGUGACUGUGCACACCCCUGCAUGAGUUUCUCAGCAAAUCCAUUUAAGACUGGAAAUGCCAUUCUGAAUGAAUUUGUCAUUUUAAAACAAAAAAAAAGGGAAAAGGAGAAAUAAUCCUUCUUUUGUGAAAUGGGACUGACCGUUGCAAAUCAGAAUGUUUUACAGACGAUGCUGAGGUGAGAAGGAGUUUGGGAUUCAGGGGAAGUUGCAGGGGAAUGGAGACUUAAUCACACAAGUUGGAACACUUUGUAAAUGUUCAUCAAAUCACAUUAAAAAAAAGACACUAGAGAAGCAAAGACCACUUAGGAGGUUUUUUUUCUACAAGGACUGAAUAAUAUCAAGCCCAGCUGAUGGUACUGUUGGAGGAGUUCUCUCUCUUGUUUAUAAUUACUGAAGAAAUUGGUGGAGAAGCCUACAGACUGGUGAUCUAUCACAAACCAGCUUGCUAUUUGAUCAGCUGCCAGUUGUUGGUGCUGCUGCAGCUGAUCAAGACCUCUUGGGAGGCAGAACAAAUGAAAGAAAUGAGUUAUGAAUCUACAUUUAUAUAAUGAAAUCACAAGGUAAAUGAACAAAUCCUACUGAGAUUUUACUACAUAUUAAAAACGACAUUUUACAUUUCACUAGAAUUGUCUACUUGGAGGGCUGUUAGAUUUCAUUCCUUUGUUUUUUUUGUGGGAUUUUUUUGCUUGUGGUUUUUAGCUGCUCUGUGUAAAGGGUGGGGGUAGAGAAGUGUAACGGGGCUCUCUGCAAAACACCAAACUGCCUUACAUCAAAUACAAAUUGUUAUAUUAUUACCUGUACUUUGUGAGGGAAGCUACAAAUAAUUGACAAGGAAAACAAACAGGACAUUUUAUUUUCUGAGUUGUCCUCCUGACUUCCAGGAGGUCUAACUUGUGAGUGCAAUAGACCGAAUGCAUAUCUCACCUCUGUGGAUUCCUAUCUUCCCCCUGUAUUUUUAUCCUUUUCCUGUUGUCAUUUAAGAAUUUAUUGGAUUCCAAUUUGGGCAGCCAUAGCUCCCUCACCCAUGUUGAGCAGCAGACCACCCUAUUACACUCUCUGCCUUCCAAGAUGAUUCUUUUUGAUUGAUUGGUCACAUGGUACUGUCCUGUAUAUGCCACCCUGAAGGUGGCCUUAAAACGGGUAGAACAAGACAAAUUGUAUUGGAUGUCCUAACAAUUAAAGAGUCAAUAUAACUGGUUUUUGGAUUGUCCCCCCAUCCAUAAUAACACUUAAGAGGGGUUUGAUUAAAACCUAUAUGCUCUGUAUCUAUAACGUUUUUAAAAUUUGUUCUGGGUAUGUUUUGAGCCACUGUGUUAUGAACCCAAUGGCAUAUCUGGGGCGAGCUCAGUCAGCUCAAGAAUCUAACGUACCGAUAUAAUUUCCUCUGCGACUGAAACACCAUAUUUUAAAGGACAAAUUUAAGAGUUCACAGAUGUUAAAUGUGAAUGAAAGAGUAACUGACUGAAUGGUUUGAGAGAUUUGAAAGGCAUUUGCAUUGAACUCUUCAAUAGACAUAAUAGAUCAGCAUAUCUUGUGAAGUUUUGUGAAGACCACUUCUGUGGUAAACCCUUGCCUGAGUUGGCUUUAUGGAUUCAACAGGAUUGAAAUAACCUGCUAAAUCUUCCUUUGCAGAUCUUGGCACUGUGUUUAUUUGUUCAUGUGAGGGGACGUGUCUGACUUGUUUAAGAAUACUGUGGCCCCCUACCCUGUGAACAUUUAAUUUUCCACUGUUUUUGCAAGAGGGGAAGGGUUUUCCUCAGAUGCCUGAGAGCCAGACCAUCUUCUGUAUGCCCUUGCGCUCUGCCCCCCCCCCGAACACCUGUACAUGCAGGCAUUUUCUGAACAGGUGUGCCCACCUGCCAGGCACCACUGCUAAACCAGCUGUCAUUACCUGUGUCAAAACCAGAGUUCAGGGAAUAACCGAAGGGAACAGAGCCAUUUAUAAACUGCUUACAGACUGUUUCAAAGGGUGUGGAAGCUGUCAAAUGUAAAUAUGCCCCCAGCAGAUCCCCCUCACCUGUGCUUCAUGCAUGUGUGAAAUAAACUGGGACAAAACAUUUUUAUAGAUCACAAAUGACAGGUAAGUAAACAGAUAUUCCGAGAUAUAAUUUCCAAUUUUUCCAUACAUGUGACGUAAUGUUGGUAUUUCUCUAUAGACAAAUCUUCAGCUGCCUAUUGGAACACUUUAGUCCAUUGGGAAUUUAAUUCCCUCAAGUAGGGCCUGUCUACAUGUUAUUUCUUGUGGGAAAUGGUGUAUAGAUUCAAAGAAUGAAGACAAGAUGCAGGCAGCAACCUACAAUAUAUUCCAGAAACCAGGAGGAGCAUUGAUGAAUAUCUGAUUUAGACCUGGUCCUCUGUUUUUAGUUGAAACACAGCUGACUGUUUAACAUGUCUGGUAUUUAUACCCCUCGGUCAGCAAUCCUGUCAAUAAAGCCCAAAUAACUUGA